ACAGAAGGGGGUGAGGGCUUCUUGUCUGUGUCUGGCCAGGGGUCCUGCACUCUACAGGGGGGCUCUGACUCAAUGUCUCUCUGACAUUUCCCUCUGCCUUUCAAGUGGGGACCGUGACAUUCAUUAGACAGACAGGCAGGACAAUGUGGGGGGUCUCUACCUGCAGCCUCGAGACUAUCACAGACACAGAGCAGUCUCACAAGGCAGCGGAGCGACAGACUCACAGGGACCAUGUUCUCCAGAAAGAGAAGCUUCACAUUUGGGGCCAACGGUGGGAAACCAGAGGACACUGCUCUCUGUAUCGCUGAUGCGAUGGACACUCAGGGUGAAACCCCCCAACCGCCUCCGACUCACACUAAGCCCGUUGACUUGUUUGAAAUGAUUGAAAAAAUGCAGUGCAGCCGACUGGAGGACCAGCGCUGUGUCUUUCCCUCACCCCUCAAGGGAAGGGGUGAUGAUGCCACACACCCGGGGAUACAUAAGAUACUAAGGCGCGGCCCCCCUCUCCCUCUCCUUAUCCCCCCUCCAUUCGGGGGCUACUGGAUCGAGGGCACGAGCCACACGUUGCCCCAACCCAGCUCCAACCUCCAGGCCCCCAAUGAAAGACUCCACAUCCUGCAGUCGGAUCCCACGGCCAGGCUUUAUAGGAAGCACUUCCUGGGUAAGGAACACCACAACUUCUGUACCCAAGAUCCUCGACUUGGGGCCCUCGUCUUGUCUGUGAAACUGGAGCAAAGAUCUGAGAGACUGCGGCUGAUGCUCAGAUCCAGGACUGGCACAAAACAUCAGCUGAUAAACACGUCGGGGCUCAAACACUUCCCUGGAGUUGUACAGAUGGCACAAAUGCUGUGUAAGGAGUUGAGUGCAGAGAGGUUCUUCCCUGUUCUUUACCUGAAGGCCUCACAGCUCCUGGUGACCUUCGAUGAACAUCUCAUGAGCAACAACUUCAAGUUUGGGGUCAUUUAUCAGAAAGAAGGACAGGCGAGUGAAGCAGAAAUGUUCAGUAACACAGAGGAGAGUUUGGGGUUCGUCGAAUUUCUUGACUUUCUGGGGGAAAAAGUUAAUCUUCAGAAUUUCAAAGGGUUUCGGGGGGGUUUGGAUGUGUUCCAGGGGCAAACAGGAUCCGAGUCCAUUUACACCACAUUCCGGGGGCAUGAAAUCAUGUUCCAUGUAUCAACCAAACUGCCCUACACCCCUGGGGACCCCCAGCAGCUGCAGAGAAAGCGCCACAUUGGGAACGACAUUGUGUCCCUGGUCUUCCAGGAGGAGGGGGCCGUGUUCUCCCCAAAUCUCAUCACCUCCCACUUCCUCCACUGCUUCAUCGUUGUACAGCCCUGCAACGACCCCACCGGGGCCCCUUACUUCAAGGUAUCGGUCACUGCCCGGGAUGAUGUUCCUCUAUUUGAGCCGCCGCUCCCUAAUCCCGCUGUGUUCCCCAAAAAUUCCCAAUUCCGGGAUUUCUUACUCACAAAAAUGAUUAAUGCCGAGGUCAGUUGUUACCAGGCCGAGAGAUUCUCUAAACUGCAGGAACGUACUCGGGGCGCUCUCAUAGACAGUCUGUAUGAGGAGCUCUCCGUGCACAACCAGAGAGUGCUGGGGACACUGGAUGAGAGCGCAGGGGAGAAGCUGGAGAGUGCGGGGACUGGAUUCCUGGAGAACAUUAAGACUUUCUCCAUGUCCCUGCGCAGCCCCCAGCGCUCUCGUGAGACCCUCACACGUGGCACCCGAACCAGCAGCAUCGCAACUGAGGGACCCCCUGAUGAGAAGAGGACAUUCUCCUAAAAUGAUGGCGCUCAGGGGCCCAAGAGAUGGACUGGCACCAAUGCCCCUAGUUGAUACCCCAGGAGAUUCUCACAGAUUCACAAUGUUCCUUUUCUUACACAAGACAGGGGCAGUCACUGCUGUACAGAGUUUAGGGACUCAAACCCCUGAUUUCCCUCAUUCCAAUUAGUCACUUACUCAAUUAGCUUCUCUCAGCCCCUCCAUCUCCAUUUUACCCAACCAUCCCUCACGUAGUGCCUUCCACUACCUACCUACUAACUACCUACCUACCUACCUACCUACUAACUACCUACCUACCUACUAACUACCUACCUACCUACUAACUACCUACCUACUAAGCCCCCCCAACCACUUUCUCACUGAUAACCACCAUCAGCUAGGCUCCUCCUACUUGUGUUUCAAUUGUGACCUUGUGUUACCUUUGUGUGUGACUGUGGUGUUAAUAUGCCAAUUAUCCAAAUAAAAACGUGAAUUUAUCCCUCA